GGGUCCCGACAUGCGCACGGUGACUGACUGUGAGUGAAGGGUCCGGUUAGCGGCGCACUUUACGGCAGUGGUCUGCACUAUGACGCUGGAAGCCAUCCAGUACCUACGUGGUCGGUUACACAUCCUUAAUCAGCUCCUGCUGCCUCAUGAGACCUGCUACGAGGAGAUCGACACCGUACAGCAGGGAUGGCAGGCUAUCCGGGAUAUGAAGGUUCGGGGUGCACCAGCUAUUGCCAUUGUGGGGUGCCUGAGCCUUGUUACAGAGCUGCAGCAAAGCAAUGAAGAAGACAAGGAUGCCGUGGUGACUUUUAUACUGGACUCUCUCAAGUACCUUGUCAGUGCUCGUCCCACUGCUGUAAAUAUAGCCAAAGCAGCAGCGGAGCUGUCAGCACUGGUGCGUCGUGAGACACAAAAGGCCGAAUCAACUGCAGCCACUAUUAAAGAAAGUGUUAUCACACACAUAGUGUCCAUGUUGGAGAAGGACAUUGCAGAUAAUAAGAACAUCGGGGACUGUGGAGCCAGACACAUCCUUUCAAGGAUCAACAAAGAGAAGGCUACAAUCCUAACUCAUUGUAACACUGGAUCAUUGGCUACAGCUGGCUACGGUACUGCCCUUGGUGUGAUCCGAUCACUGCAUGCCAUGGGACGCUUGGAGCACGUGUUCUGUACUGAGACAAGACCCUACAACCAGGGAGCACGACUGACUGCUUUUGAAUUGGUGUAUGAAAAGAUUCCUGCCACACUUAUCGCUGACAGCAUGGCUUCAAUUGCAAUGAAAGAGAAAGGUAUUUCUGCUGUUGUUGUUGGUGCAGACCGAGUUGUCUUAAAUGGUGAUACUGCAAAUAAAGUUGGCACCUACCAGUUGGCUGUCUCCGCAAAGUACCAUAACAUACCGUUUUAUGUGGCUGCUCCUUGUACAUCAUGUGACCUGAGCUUGGAAAAUGGAGAGCAGAUUGUCAUCGAAGAACGUCCCCACCAAGAAUUGACAGACAUAAAUGGCAUAAGAAUAGCAGCUCCAGGUAUCCAUGUGUGGAACCCUGCCUUUGAUGUCACACCACAUGAGCUGAUUACAGGGGGAAUCAUCACAGAAUUGGGAGUGUUCAGUCCAAGUGAGCUGCAGGAUGCUGUAAUAAGGGGCUGACAGCCAAGCUGGAAUCGAGACACUAACCGCAAGGAAUCUCUUAACUACAAAAAGUCAUUGCUUGUUUGCCCCAUUGAGCUACUGUUCAGUACCGUUCUAGUAGAAAGGGCAUUCCAGUCUGAAUGCUGCACUCAUUCCUAAUGGAGGUGAACUUUUAAAAUGCUAAAAUUUCUUUUUCAGGGUUAAUGAGCUUUUUAGUGAGCUGUUGAUAUGUAUAACUGCAGUCAUCCAUGAUGCAGCAAGCAAAAAUACUGCUGUGGUGUCCUCCAGGAGUAACAAUACUGAAACAUAUUUGUAUAAUCUGCAGUAAACCCUGGAAUGGAAACCGCAUGCUGCAGAAAACUGUGAAGAAGAGGCUGAGCACAAGAGGACAUUUUUAAAUGUUUUGACCUUUUUUUAUGAAAAUAUAAUAUUUUAAUAGUUUAGCAUUUUAUAUGUUUUUACUGUAAUAACUUUGUUGAGAUGCACUUUAUGUAAAUAAAAUGUUAAUUCCAA